AUGAAGCUGUUUGGGUUACUUGCUCUUGCUGGCGUGCUGCCAUGUGCUACAGCAGCACCGUCUUUCGAGCGAUUAGCUCAUCGAGGUUUCAACUUCAACAACAUCAGAAAUAUUGUUACUUUCGGUGAUUCAUGGACGGAUACUCGAUUCAAUAUCUCAGGCAUUCAGCCCUCAAUCUCUAACCCUCUCGGAAAUACCGGCAAGACGAGUUCUAACGGUAAAAUGUGGCCUAUCUACUUAACCACACAGUACAACCAAUCAUCGGUGUUGCUCUACAACAUGGCCGUCGGUGGUGCUGUCACGGAUAAGGACAUCGUGACGACCGGACCGAAUGACGUAGAUGCUCAGGUUCAUGAGAAGUUUGAGGUCUACUCCAGCCAGCAGCCCGGCUUCUUUCCACCGAAGGAUACACUUUAUGCCAUCUUCAUUGGCAUCAACGACAUCUACCGGACUAUCAACGACGUCGACCAGGAGGAGAAGAUAAUUGCUAUCAUUGCACGCAUCCGUGAACUCACCCUCGACAUGUACAAGACCGGUGCUCGGCAGUUCCUUUUCAUUUCCACGCCACCGCAGUCUCUAUUCCCCAACAACAGGCCCAAAGAUAUUGUUCCGCAACUGGAGGCGGCAUCUCAGAGCUGGAAUAAGAAGCUUUACAAGCUCGUGAGACAGCUGGACAGCAAGCUGGCUCACAGCACCUUUUUCUUCUUUGACAUCGUUCCGUUAAUCACUGCCGUCACCAAAGACCCCUCCCAAUUCCCCGAGACCGCCAUUUACAAGAGUAACAGCUUCUGCGCUGACUACAAGUCGGGUACAUCUGUGCCUGAGUUCAAAUCAGAUGCUUGCGAAUAUAACGCGCUGGAGUACAUGUAUAUCGAUGGCGCUCAUCCUACACAAGGAUUCCACCAAAUUCUGGCCAAAAAGAUCUCUGAGCAGUUGGCUGCGGGAAAAUCGGUCAGCUGA